UUCACGGUGUGCAAUGGUUGUUGUAGCCAGAGGUAUAUUAAACAAGCCAGAAAAGAGUUAUCUGUGGGUGUUGUCCAACUAUCUGUAGGGACGUUCGGGGAUUGCACAGGAAAGGGUAUGUUUAGUAAACCUUUAUAAUGACCAGUCGUUAUUUUAACUGGCUUUGAAGAAUUUCAGAACACAAAUCGAAACAAUUAUAUUGCUGGGAGUGUCACGGUGACAGGUCAUACUUGUUAUCACAUCUGCUCACGUGACCAGUGUGGGAGACGACGGUGUUUGCGGGUGCGCCACGUACAGCUUGGGAAUAAGCGGACUAACCACACGGAACUGUGUUCACAGAAUUGGCACCAUGACUUCAUACAAGAAGAUAUUCACACUAAUGGUAGUGAUGACGUCGUUUGUAGCUCUUAUAACAUACAAACACGGCUCUCAAGUGAUGACUUUUGAAAUGCUGAGCAAUGUAACGAGAUACGUUUUCCAGGGGCAUCAUUCAGUAAGCAGAACGUCGGUAUAUUCUUUACCUAAACCCAUAACACCAUAUGCUCAACGUUCAAGUAUUCUGUCUCACUUAUUGAACGGAAACUGGGAAACAAGACCUUUGACUGAAAAGGAAGAUAAAGAUAUAUUGAAUUUUCUUUCGAACGUAAAUGUCCGCUACAACUUUCCUUCGAAUUAUCAAAGGAGUGACGGUCUCUGUGGAAACGUUACCCACACGGGAUCUAAAACUGCGGAGUGGAUAAGAGCCUUGUGUGAUCCUAAAGGAACAACUCCUUGCUGCUUCAACAACAAGUGUGUUUUAAAGUCUGUGGAGGAAUGUGUGUGUCCGGAUUGUUAUGACAUGAGGAACCAGAAACAUGCUGAAUAUUCCACCUGGAUCCCAUCAGACCCAAGCCAUGGCUACAAGCAACACAGUCCCCAAGAAGCUUGCAGAAUCCUCGAUGGCAGCACCAUUCUGUUUGUGGGGGAUUCCCUUGUCCGCCAUGUGUAUACAGCUAUGUUGUUGAUUGUGACGGGGAAUAUGAAAGAUGGAGCCAUGAAUGCUAACACACCAAAGAAUGUUCGAAACGAGUGUAGCGGAAUGUAUAUGUUCACGGAAAAAUUGUGUCGACACCAACUGAACUAUAGUGUCCGUGCUUGCAAUGGCACUGUUCAUCUGGAACUGAAGUACUUCUUCGCUGCAUCAUUUGGAAGAAAUCUGAAACAAAUGGUUACAAAUUUAAAUAACAAAUCAAUAAUUUUUACAGGCAUAGGCAUACACAAUCACUUUAAUCAUACGGAAGUUCAAAAGAAGUUUCUACUACCAACACUGUCCUACAUAGGCAAGAGCAAAAGACUUUGGCCACAAUUUCUGUGGGCAGCGAGUCACGCUCCAAGUGCCCUGAAGUCCCCCAAAGUGUUGACGCAAUCGUAUGAGAGUGUAAAACGCUACAAUAGCAAAAUGGAAACUUUCCUUAAACCUUUGAAGGUUCCUAUUUUCAACACUUUUAACAUGACUGACGGAAUGAUGAGUUUUGAUGGUGAACAUUACGGCCUUGGAAUGAAUGUAGUGAAAGCGAAUGUAAUAUUGAGUUACCUAAAUGAAUUAAAAAAAGAAGGAUUGUGGUGAAAGG